AUGCAGCAGGAUCUGCCGUCGUCGUCGCGCGACGGAAAGAAGCUGCAUGUCGUUUUUUGCCAUCCGGAUUUGGGAAUAGGCGGUGCGGAGCGGCUGAUAGUGGAUGCGGCAGCAGAGCUGGCAGCAAGAGGCCACAGCGUGCGGGUCUUCACAGCCCAUCAUGACCCCCACAGAUGCUUCCCGGAGACCAUCGACGGCACCUUCCCUGUGCACGUGCAUGGAAGCUUCCUCCCCCGCCACAUCGCCGGCCGAUUUCAAGCAGUCUGCGCCUACCUCAGGUGCCUCUGGGCGGCUCUCUGCAUCGUCAUCUCUGUGUGGCUCCGGUGGAUCCCAGCCGUUGAUGCAAUUAUCACAGAUCAAGUCUCAGCCGUCCAUCCCAUCCUCAGGCUGCUGCCUGCCAAGAUCCUCUUCUACUGCCACUUUCCGGAUCUGCUGCUGGCUCAGCGGGGCUCAUGGUUGCGCUCGCUGUACCGAGCGCCCAUUGACUGGGUGGAGCAGGUCACCACUGGCAUGGCGGACACCAUAGUGGUUAACAGUCACUUCACUGCAGCCACAUUCGCCUCCACCUUCCCCUCGCUAGCAUCACACGGCAUCCGCCCCGCGGUGCUCUACCCAGCUGUAGCACUUGACUCCCCACCACCUGCCUCGUCUGCCACCACUGCCAGCACUGCUAUCGAUGCUACUGCUGCUAGCAGGGGUGGUUCUGGCACCCUGGGUCCUGCUUUCGACGAAGCAGAAAAGCUUGGCCUAGAUCUUAACAGCCCGUUCUUCCUAUCAAUCAACCCCUAUGAGCGCAAGAAGGAGAUCGCCACUGCCGUGUCUGCUCUGGGUCUUCUCACCCGCUCAUCAGCGCAUACAGGCGCUUCCGACAGCCAGGAUGCCACUGCUGCCGCUUUGGCAAAGGGGCAGCGGCCUCGGCUUGUUGUGGCAGGUGGGUGUGACGCUCGCGUACGGGAGAAUGUGGAGUAUCUCCAAGAGCUAAAGCAACUAGCUGUUAUGGAAGGGGUGGCAUCCGACGUCCUUUUCCUCACCUCCAUUAGCGACUCCCUCAAGGCUCAGCUGCUGUCCCACUGCACUGCUGUCGUCUACACCCCACCAUGCCAUUGGAAGCCAUGGCAGCAAGCAAGCCAGUGCUGGCAUGCAACAGUGGAGGACCCACAGAGAGCAUACUGGACGGCGCAACAGGCUUCCUAUGCGGUCCAAACCCAACAGCCUUUGCUGUGCUGCAUUGACCCCCCCACCCCACCCUCCUCUUCCCUCCCCCACCUUCUGUCCCCCCCCCCCAAUCCCGCCCCUGCUUCCCCUUCCACCCUCUCCCCCUCUUCCCCGCAGAACGAGCAUUUCGGCAUAGUGCCAUUGGAAGCCAUGGCAGCAAGCAAGCCAGUGCUGGCAUGCAACAGUGGAGGCCCCACAGAGAGCAUACUCGAUGGUGCUACAGGCUUCCUCUGCGCUCCAAACCCCUCAUCUUUUGCUGCUGCACUGGCUACACUCUGGGCCGAUCCUUCUCGGGCAGCUUCCAUGGGUCUGGUUGCCCGAGUGCAUGUUGAGGAACAGUUUUCAAGAAAAGUUUUUGGUGACCGGUUGCAAGAGAUUCUUUGGAACAUGUGCUUGUAA